AUGUACGAUCCCUCAAAGUAUUCUCAAUCGAGUUCUUCGAAAUUCUCGGCAUUACUGAGCCAGAGGCAACUAGCAGAUAAGUUCAAUAAGAACAAUAACGACUAUGAUAUGAGGAGUAAUAGGUCGGGCCGCAGUGGGUUCGGAGCUGGAGUAUCUAAGAAUGGUGACGAUUUUGAUCGUAAUGAAAUGGAAAUGAUGGUCAUGUAAGGAGCAGCUGAUAUAAUUAGAUAGGAGUAUAUAGCAGAACCAACUAAGAGAAAUAGUUUAUUCAAUGAGAAUGCAGAUAAACUCCCAGUGACUCAUAUCAAGACUAUCUCACCAAGAAUUUAUUUCAUUAAGAUGGUUAUUGCCAUGAUAAGCUUUGGUCUCAACACAAUAUUAUUCAAGGAGAUGUAUUAGCACUAUAGACACACCAUUUGGGAGGAUAUAUAUGGUCGUGGCAUCAUGUUCUUCGUCUGUUCUAUCCUACAAUAUUUGAUCCAGAAAGAAGAUAUGAGUGUCUUCGAUUUGAGACCAACAAUUAGGUAUGCAUUCUUUGUCAGAGUUAUUUGCAUUUCUCUUUCUUAUAUAUUCCUUUUUGUAGCUGUGUAAUAAGCUAGUUCUUUUGCCUAUAUUGCUCUUAUUAUCAGUUUACUACCUCCCACAUAAAAAGUAGCUUAAAGAUAUGCUAUGAUUGAGAAGAAAUAUUCUGGUUGGGAUUUAUUAGCAUCAAUUGUCGCUAUUGGUGGAUUAGCCUUUUUAUACAAGGGAAACGCUAAGUUCACAAAUCACCAUACAGAGAAUUAUGACAACAUGAAAGCAUUUAUAUAUGGAAUUCUGACCAUUAUAUUCUGGGGAUUCGGUAAUGUGAUUUUAUAAAAGCAGAAAUCUUACAUCAACCAUCAUGUAGACACAUUUUAUGUUGGUCUUUUCACAGCUUUGAUCAUUCCAGCAUUCAUCCUCGGAUUUUUCUCCCUUAACCCCACCAGACUAACUUAUGAGUGGAUAUAGUUCGGUUACUUUAUUUUGAGCGGGUUUUUGUGGUGGAUAUUCCAUUCGAUGUUCACAGACGUAAUGGAAAACGAUACUAAGAACGAAUACCUUCCUCUCAUCUACAUCUAUUUUGUAAUGACUGUCUUUGUAGAUGGAUUUGGGCACUCUCAACCAUUAGACAAUGUCCAGAUUAUUGCUAGUGUCUUAAUUAUUGGACCUAAUAUAGCACUUCUUAUUCUUAGAAAGCUCAACCUUAUCCAUGGAUGA